AAGGGUAACUGCCAUUGAAAAAUGGGAAGUUUCUUUCGGUGUACUGGAGUGAAGUAAAGUAAAGGCAACCGAGGUUUCAUGCUGCAACUUGUCAAACGUGUUCCCCAACAAAGUCUCUCGGCAUUUGGAAAUGUGCAGCAUUGUGCAGCGGCAAGAAAAACAGCAGCAGCAGCGACGAAAACAACUCGCAUAACUGUGACUUGUAUUAAUUUUCAAGCUUUUCCAAAGCUGCAAGCCAAAAGAAAAUCCUAAUCCCGCGUUGUCUCAGCAGAAAUAUAAUGUGCGCGGCGACAAAGGCUUCAAUUAGCAUUUAGAAAAGCCGCCCCAUCAUCGUGAUCCCAUCAGCACAGUCCCCCUACAGAUGGAGGAGGACGUGCUGAACGCCCUGCAGACGCGGAGUGCCUACCUAUCCGGCGGAUUCGAUCGCCAGAAGCGCAUCAUCUUCGUUGUCAACGCGUUCAACGAUCUGCAGCUGUGGAACCGCCGCUAUCUGCAGGUGACUCUGGACUAUCUGAAGCGGUCGCUCAGCGCUUCGGUUCUGCAGAAUGGAGUGAGUGUGGUGGUCAAUGCCCAGGAGAGCAGUUCGCGGAUCUCGCGGCAGCAGGUGCGCCAGAUAUACUCCCUCUUCGGGGGCGACAUCAAUGUGGAUCUGUAUCUAGUCAGGGCGGAGGGCUUCUGGGAGAAGCAUGUGGAGCCGUGCACCAAGUCCCAGGUCAAGGGAGAGCCCCUGGUGCUGUCCAAGGCGAGGCUGUUCAAGUUCAUAGAGCCGCAGAACCUGCCCGAGGAGCUGGGCGGCACCUUGCAGUUCAACUACGAUCUGUGGCUGCAGCAGCGCAAGUCCAUCGACGAGUUCACCAGAUUGCAUGUGCAGACUCUGGCUUCGAUGGAGAAACUGUUGGCUCUGCUGCGGGAGCACAGGUCCCUGCGGCCGGCGGAAGCGGAUGUGGAGCUGAAGAAGUGCGCCCAGCUGCACGCCGGUGUCCAGGGCGACAUAGAAGCCGCCAUCGACAUGGGUAACGCGAUCUUGGCCCGCUUCAACGAGGUCUACGAGACGCAUUCACCGCCGCCACAAGCGGUCGCACCUGCCUCGGAGUCCGCCGCGAGCCCCCCGCCAACUACUGCCCACUCCGCCACUGCUGUUCCCGCGCAGCAGCAGAAGCCCCUGCUGCCCCCCGAUCUCGUGUGUGAACGGGCCCGCAUCGAGCUGCGAUUGAACGAGAUCGAGAAGAAACAGACGGCCAUUCGGACGGCCUGGCUGGAGUUGCUGCGAUCCCUGCGGGAGGCACGAGAGCUGAGCACUCUGGAGGAGGGCGUGUCCUUCGUCACCAACUGGAUCCUGCAGGAGGCGGAGCAGCUCCUUAGCCGCCAAAGGAGCAUUGCAGGGGAUGUCCGGGGCUGUGAGGCCCUGCGCUCCGCCCACGAUCAGCUCGAGUUGGAGUGCCGGGACACCUACGGUUGCUACGCCGAGCUGCUCUACAAGAUCGAGAGAUUCGCCGGGGACAGGCAGGCGUCUCCCAAGGACUUGGUUCUGUGCCAGGAUCUCCUCUCGCAACGGGAUUUCAUGCAGUUUGUGUGUCGCUCCUUUGCCAAGAGGUUGGAGCGCCGAAGGAAUGUCCUCAUGACCGCCCUGAGGUUCCACCGACUCCUCGACCAAUUCGAGGAGCUCCUGACCACGGGUAACCAUGUGCUGGAGGUGGACAGCCGAUCGCUCGACUGGCCCGAGGCGGAGCAGCUGCUCAUGCAGCUAAAGAACAACCAGGAAACGAUGGGCCACGUCGAGCGCGAUCUUGUGCGUGAAGGUGAGAAGCUGAGCGACAUGCUGGCGAUGCCGGUGAAAGACGCUCUGGGUCGCGACCUCCAGCUGGACUACAGCCCCGAGAUCGCCCAGCUGCGGCGGCAGAUCGACGAGAGCAGGCGGCGGCGUCAGGUGUGCGGCCAUCGGUUGGCGCUGCAGCGGCUCACCUUGGAGCAGGUGACCCACAUCCACGCCUACGAGGAGGACGCGCGGAGGGCGCGGGACUGGCUGCAGGAGCUGUACGCCGUCUUGCUGCGGUGCCACUCCCAUGUCGGCUGCAACAUCCACGAGAUCCAGCUGCAGAAGGACGAGCUGCAGGGGUUCGAGGAAACCGGCCGGAGCAUCUACCACUACGGCUGCCAGUUGCUGGAGGCUUCCCAGACACUGCGCCUCUGCUGCAAGCUGGAUCCGUCGGGGUCUGGGUCGCAAUCCAAUCCCGGCCAGAGCUUGAUCAGUGAUGAGCUGGAGCACACGUGGCACAGCCUGCAGUCCGUGGCCCAGGAGCAGAUGACCAGACUGCGGGUCUCGGCCGUAUUCCAUCGCUCUGUGGAGGCCUACUAUCGCCAGCUGAGGGAACUGCGUCCGCUCUUGACCCAGGAGCUCUCCGCCCAACUGCAGCAGCAACAACGACAGCAGCACAACCGCAGCAGCAGUGGCAUAAGUAGCGAUGCUGAGGGAGAAAUCGAAGCGGAGCUCUCUCCACUGGGAGAAAUGCCCCCUCGCUUGCAGCGUCAUCUGGUGGCCAGGGAGCAGCUCCUGGUCGAGGUGGGCAGAAUGGUCAGGUUGGGAAGACUGCUGAAGAAGCGGCUCAAGGAGCCCUUCGUCCUGGAUGCCCUGACGGGCAAGAGAUUUCGUAAUUUGUUUGCCAAAUCAAAGGGAGACGAGGAAGUGGAGCAGGAGGUAGCACCCAGGCCGGAAGUGCCCAGCAUUGUGGUGGACGAACCGCCCAACGAGCUAGAGCCUCCGGUGGAGGAAAGUGAAAAUAAAUCCCCAAAUGGAGAGCAAACUGAGGCUAAUACCACUGCUCCCUUGGCAAGCGAAGAGGAGGAUUUGGCGGGAAGUCCCCAUGAAGUCCUAAGUGAUUCCUCAAGCGAUCUCAGCCGACUUUUGGAGGCCAUAAACGAGGCCAGUAAACUGCCGGAAGUGAGUAGUGAGGAUACCCAGGGUGAAGAUGAGGAUUACGAGGACGACGACGAUGAUGAGACGGCCAGCACUUCGAGUGUCAAGACCAAAAUAGCCAAGGCCUCCAUAGAAAGGGAUAUCAUUCUGGAGGAAACCGAAGAAGAGGAGGAGGAUGAGGUGGACUCUGGGCCACCUCUCAAAAGCCUGGACAAGAUCAAGGCCCUCAUUCGCAACGAUAGUGAGACGUAUCCGCAGAGCGAAUAUACCGAUAAUGAAACGCCCUCGCACUCACGCACUGCCUCUGUGGAUUCCGGAGCCCCCGAUAACCCGCGUCUUUCUGGUGAUUUCAGUGUGGUGGCCGACGAACUGCCUCUGGACAGCAGCCCCAGUCCACCCCAUGACAGCGGAAGAAACAGCAGUGCUGGCAGCGAGGUGCCCGCAGAGUCCGCGCCAGCCACUGUGCAGGUGGUGCCCACGGGAAGCAACGAACUGGCCUGCGCCGCCAUCUCCCACAAGCUGGGAGCCAUUGCCGAGGUCGCCGAGUCCCUGGACGCAGUCAUCCGGGAUGUCCAGCAGCAGGAGGGAGCAGCCAGCAGUGGGAUCACCAACGGCACCGCACCCCACGGCAUCAAGAAGCUGGGGAGCAUCGAGGACUGGCACUCCCGCUCCACCGAGGACGAGUCCUUCGCCACCGCCUCCGAGGGCAACUUCACGCCCAACUCGCACUCAUCCUCCUUCCAAACGGCCUCGGGACGCACUAGCUCCUACAUAGGCUCGGCUAAGAACUCCUUCGACGAGGCGGAUGACUCCACCUUGAGCACCUUCGAGAUACCCGAGCUGCCGCACUCCCCGGUGAACAUGUCCUUCGAUAGCUCCGAGCUGAGUUACUUCUCCGCCCAUCAACAGAGGAUGAAGAGUGAGGAUCAGGACAGUGUGGUGGGCGUGGCCGAGCUGCACAGUCAGAGUGUGACGCCCACGCCGGACGAGGAGCAGCAGCACCUGCUCCUGCCACUCCCCCUGCCCCAGGCCAUCGAAUCGGACAGUGAGGUGGAGGGCUUCAGCUUGGCCACGGGAAUCACCACGGAAACGGCCCCCAGGAUGUCCAAUGCCCACACGCCGGAGGUGAGCUACCGAUCCGCUGAUAAUACCGCUCCGCCUUCAACUAACCCCAACGAAUCCAAACCGCCGACGUCCUGGCGACGCAGUAAAUACUACGAGAACAUAACGAAGCAGACGAUCAAGGGAUUUCUCUAGGAGAUGUGGCCCACCUGUGCCACCAGAAAGAUGAGCCCAAUGCUUUCCCGCCCAAUUAACCCGCGCCAUUUGCUUCUCCGCCGAUGCUCGACAUUCUUGCCAUUAAUUAGUUGGCAUAUUAUUUUUGAUGUUUUCCUCAAAACCUAUUUUAGCCCAUGAGCUAAAAGUUUUUCAUCCGUUUUGUUUUGUUUGCUAUCUUAUUUAGCAUGAUUUUUUUAGUUACUAAAUUGCUUGCAUAAAAUUGAUUGAAAUAUUUCUUGGUUCAAACUUGUUCUGUUUUAUUUAUCCCAGCUUUAUAACUAGUAAUUAUUUUCUUAGUUCAAAUUUAGUUUAAGCCCUGCAAAAUUAGAGAAUUCCAGAAUAUCUAUAAAUUAUUUAUAAUAAUACAUUUCAUUCAGUCACAGCCAGUCGAAAUUUUUUGCCAUUAAUUGUAUGUUUAAUAUUUAUUUAUAACUAUUUCUCCCCACACAGUCACAAACUAUAGUGCAAUUAAUAUUGGAAAUGUUUUACCCCAAAAAUAAAGCUAAUCAUAUACA